AAUGAACAUGAUACGUUGGUUUUUUGUGUGGUCAUGCAACUUUCUUUUGGUCAAGUACAUCACCUAGGCCCAAAUUCAAUUUUCUCAAACCCAAGAAACCCCAUUCAUGGACUGAAGAACCAAACCCAGUUUGGGUAUGGGCUCAUUACUUCACGGCUUUACCCCUCUCUAUGGACCUCGGUCGCUUCACGAAACUCAGAGUUCCCCCAAAACGACGCCGUGGCUCCGCCACGUCAAUCUCCGCUCCUUCAGAACACCAUUUCCCGGCAAGGCGGCGAGGACAUGCGCGCCACCGUCAUCCUUCCGAAGCUUUCUCUCCCGAAGCAACUACCGCACCGCUUAAAGAUAACCCUAUCCUUCGCGUCGGAGACUUGGCCGGCGCCGCCGCCGUCCGUUGACGAUGGAUUCCCAUACUCCGACGUGCCGAAGCCUCGGCGGAGAAACUCGGAGAGGAAGGCGUACGUGACGCCGAUGAAGGUUCUGAUUGAGAGAGCGAAGGCGGAGAGAGAAGCGCGAAAGGCGCAGCCAUGUAGGGUUUUGGCAGAACCACCGGACAACGGCUUGUUGGUGCCGGAGCUGGUGGAGGUAGCUCGUCGCGUUUACCAAGCUCGCGGCUCGCUCCUCUUCGGUCUGAGUCAACUCCUCCGAGUCAUUCCCGUUUUGCGCUGCCGGCUUUGUAAUGAGGUCCACAUUGGUUAUGUUGGUCAUGAAAUUCGAACAUGUACUGGACCUGAGAGUUUUUCGCGGAAUGCAAUGCAUGUUUGGACAAGGGGAGGGGUUCGAGAUGUGGUUUCUUAUCCUAAAUGCUUUCAUCUUUAUGACCGUGUGGGUAAGCCAAGAGUUGGGCAUGAUGAAAGGUUCAGUGUUCCCCGUUUACCUGCCAUUGUUGAACUCUGUGUACAAGCAGGUCUAGACCUUGAAAAAUAUCCUACUAAAAGGAGAACAAAACCUGUGUAUUGUAUUGAAGGAAGAAUUGUUGAUUUUGAAUCAGUUGUGAAAGAGGAUGAAACUAAAAUAAAAUAUUCCUUUGAAAAUGACAAACCUUUUGUGAAUUCAUCCUCUAUGUUGACCCAACCUGUAGAGAAGGUCCAUAAUGUAUUGGAGAGCAACGUAAACCAUCUGAAUCAAUUGAAUGAUGAAGAAAGGAGCAAAUUAAGGGAUUUAAGUAAACAUACACUGGACUCGUGGAUUGAGAUGAUAUCAGGUGCAAAGAAGAUGAUGGAGAAGUAUACUGUGAAUACCUGUGGCUAUUGUCCAGAGAUUCAGGUUGGUCCCAAAGGACAUAAGUUGAGAAUGUGCAAGGCUUCAAAGCAUCAGUCUCGAAAUGGUUUACAUGCGUGGCAAGAGGCAACAAUAGAUGACCUUGUGGGUCCAAAUUAUGUAUGGCAUGUGGAGGAUCUGAAUGGGCCUGCUCUGAAUAACAAUCUAAAGAGAUAUUAUGGGAAGGCUCCUGCUGUGGUGGAACUCUGUGUGCAGGCUGGGGCUCCCAUUCCUGAUCAAUAUAGGAGCAUGAUGAGAUUAGAUGUGGUUUCCCCUGAUCGAGAUGAAGUCGAUCUUGUCGCCUAAAUUGUCAUCCCUUUUUGAAGAUGGACAGUAUAUGUUCUAUCAACUUUUGGACUUUUGAGUUUUAAUCAAUUCAAAUUACGUGUCCUUUGCUAGUUUUUCUGUUGUGUGACUAUAUAGGCCGUAAAGCCCAUAUGCUCUGACAUUAUGUUACCUUCAGAAAACAUACACACUUGAAGAAUUCCAAAAAAAAGUAUUGCAUUACCUUGUUCCCGGUUGCAUUAAGCACAAAUUGUGCAGUUUCUUGUGAGAUAGUGUACUGUUGACACUGGAGUUGAUACUAUGAAAUGCCACACAGCACCUAGUCCAACCCGUCAAUGCUUAUAAAUGAAGGUUCUUGCUGCUGGCAUCAAAAUAAACCUGAUCUUCAAGUUGUUGCAGUCCAAAAUUAUUGCAAGAAUACUAUAGGUAUAGUCUUUAGAAGUUUAGUUUUUACUUCAACCAUUGGUAUGACCGUGUGAAAGUAAAAGCUGAUUUAUCUCAGAAUUUCUCGCAAUCACCAUAUUUGUUGAAUUUAAAGAUGACCGAUGGAAUUCGAAAGGAGGUUCAACAAGACUUCUAGGCACUUGUUUUGUGGGUAAUUGUUGCAGCUAAAGGUAAAAUUGUUGCAGGAUCCAUCCAUUUGUCAAAGCCAUCUCUUGUCACAAUAUUUUUGGACUUCACUUAGGUUUCUAGCAGCGGAGCUUCUUCAAUUUUUCAUCUCUUUUAUUGUAUAUUUUAAUUAAUUAUUUCUUCUUUUGCAUUGCAAUUAGCAAAUAUUCGUUCUCUGCUCUCUCAUUUCCAUUUUAUUAGCAGAAAUGAAAAAGAACAGAUUGAUUUCA